AUGAUCCUCCGGCCAAUUCAGUUCCGUCCCGUCGAGAGACGUCUUGCAACACACUUUCUACCCAGGCAACCGCUUCUGCAUCGCUACUUUCAUGCCUCACAAGUCCGUCGCGAUGAUGGCAUUCCGAACCACUAUGCAACCUUGGGUGUCGACACGACUGCCUCUCCUGCCGACAUCAAGAAACAGUUCUUCAAAAUGAGCAAGCAACACCACCCCGAUCGCAACCCAGACGACCCAAAAGCCGCCGACCGCUUCGUCAAAAUCUCAGAAGCCUACCACGUCCUCGGCAGCGCUGAGAAGCGCGCCCGCUACGAUCGCGACUUCCUCCGUGCCUCACCAAAAACCGCUCCCUACCCCCAAGGCUCACACAGCAGCACAGGCCCAGCAGGAGGCCGACCAGCAACAGGUCUAAGCAGACGUCGUACACAAUUCAAGGGCCCACCGCCUUCCUUUUACCGUAGUGGCGGAUGGGGUGAUUUCAGCCAGAAGCGAGCUGAAUAUGCGAAUCAAUCUUCUCAUCAGCAUGAUGCUGCUGGACAUACGGAUACGACCAGUGCGCAGGAUGCUCCUGGCACUGGCCCAUCUGGUUUCCAAGCUGGUUACAACAAUGACGUACCGCAUUUCGAUCGCGAAGGUCAUUUCCGCACACAUGACAAUGUUCAGAAGAAUAGGCAUAGGGCGAGACGAAGAACUGGACAUGUCAGCACAGACGAUAUUCUGGGAAGCACGAGCAUGCUGUUCAAUUUUGUCCUCUUGAGCGGUGUCCUGACUGUCAUUUUUGGUGUCAGCGGCAUCCUUUUCCGCAAGACCGACAACAAGAAAAAGCUAGCUGCGCAGUGA